AUUGCGCUCCACUCAACCACGCGUACGCGCACCCGAAAAUAUCAAUACAAAUCUUUUCGAGUUAACUGGAAAUCUUCAAAAAAUCAACCAUGAAUAACGCCGCUUUGUACGAACAAGCUAACAGCAUGCAGAAGAGAGAUGCACUCAACUUUUUAGACGACAUCUCCCCUAAACUAAAGUGGAAAAAGAGUAUCAGCAACAUUCUAGACAUUGGAUGUGGAGAUGGAGGUGUCACAAGCAUGCUGAAGAAGUACAUCCCUACUGACUACAAGCUGCUCGGCUGUGACAUCAGUGAGAAGAUGGUGAAUUUCGCCAAUGACCACCAUUGCAAUGAACAGACCUCGUUCACAGUGCUGGACAUCGCAGGAAAUAUACCCGAAGGUAUGAAGGGAAAAUUCGACCAUGUUUUCUCCUUCUAUGCCUUGCACUGGGUCUUGGAUCAAGAGCGCGUAUCCAGAAACAUUUACGAUUUGCUGAGUAAAGAUGGAGAAUGCUUCGCGAUACUUGCCGCAAGCGCAACCCUGUAUGACUUGUACCGCAUUUUAUCGCGUAACAACAAAUGGAGCACUCUGCUUAAAGAUGUCGAGAAAUACAUAUCGCCAUACCACGACUCACAGGAUCCAGCGAAAGAAACGAGAAAAAUAUUGGAAAAAGUUGGAUACGUGGACUACAAGGUGGAAUGCAAAAACAUGGUGUAUACGUACAACAACUUCGCCAGUUUAUGGAAAAUGCUUCAAGCAGUCAACCCAUUCAACAUCCCGAAGGAUAUGGAAGAAGAUUACAAGCAAGAUUACUUAAAUAUUUUAAAAGAUAUGAAUAUUGUGCCCAGGUAUAAUACCGAUGAGGCAAGUGUGAACUUUAAAUAUCGGACGUUAGUUGUACACGCUCGCAAGCCGGCCUCAGAAUUUUAGGAAAAAUGAUCACAAGUAGACUGACUGAAUAUUUGUAGUACAAUAACAAAACCUGAUCUUCUCACAACGUAGGCACAAGUAACUGAUAAUAUAUCUUCGCAAUAUCUGGCAUGUUAAAAGGAUCCAAUGAAUUUGUUUCGGAAUCUGCACUGUCGUAUCGGCAAAAUUUUGGUUUGUGUAAUGGGUGAAGGCAUUUUGGAUGUAUGGUGAUGGUACCAGUGUGUGUAGACCAUCGCAAGUAACCUGUUUAAAAACCAGAUUAUAUUGUAAACAGAUUUGAUUUAGAUAGUAAUUAGUAAAGUAUUUAUUUAUAAUGUUUAGUCUUAUGAUGUAAGGGGGUUAAGGCAAUAUUCGAUAUCAGUUUGAGAUUGCUUCUUAUUACUGUUCAGGGAAUACACUGAUCAUGAUCACAUGCUUACAAUAUUUACUGCAAUUUUAGUCCUUUUGACAUUAAAAUAAUUACCUAUAGUAAUUCGACAUCACACAUUAAUUGAGCAAUUGCAAGUACGAUUGAUGAGCAAGCGAAAACAAUAUUAUUAGGGAUUUUUCGCAUUUUAUAAAAUUCCUAGUUAUGGCACAAAGCGUUUUACCUCCGUCGGGCAUUAGUAAGUGUAAUGUUUCUGCAAUGGUUCACAAAGAAGCCAAAUCAAACAAUAAUUUGUAAUUCUUUGUACUUUUGUUUGGUGAUUCAAGAAAAUAAAAUGGUUUAUAAAACAUUAUUUAUUAUGUUUGUGACUAAUGAAUUUUAACUUUGACAUAUUUAAAAUCGUAUAAAUCUAUUUAAUUUGCAAGGCCUACUGUAUUUGCGAUAUUUUUGUAUUCUUACUUAAAUGUUUAUUUGCCAAUUACCCAAUGAACAACUAUUGUAUUCCGUU